AUGCUAACUAUUAUGAAAUCAUUUAUAAAUCCACAUGAUUUCGUUUGGGUUCAAGUAAGCAAUCUUACUAUAGCAUAUCAAAAUCGAAUUACACGGACGGAAUGGUUUUUCAAUUUAAAAUAUUCAAAGCUUAAUUAUACAGUUACAAGAAUUGAUCCUUCACGAUAUCAAAAAGCAAGAUUAAUCAAUGAUGAUGAGAGAAAACUUUCAUGUUCUUUUGUUCAUAGCAAUUUUUUCCUCAAAUCAGCAGUAUACAUUGCGGAAUUUGAUAAUGCAUAUUUGUCUCCACAACCAGCUAUUGGUGACACUAGAAUUCGAGUUUUUUUCGAAGAAGAUCCAAAACAAUUGAUUCAAAGAAUUACAGUUGGUUCUUAUGAUAUUGGAGUAUACUACACACAGAUUAUAGGGCAAUGGGGUCAUUUGAUUCAUGAUUUCUUUUGUGCAAUAAUGCAUGUACCACAGGAAGUGUAUGAUAAGGGAUUUUACAUUUGUACGAAUCCAUCAGGUUAUGGAAUGAUCACAGAGUAUCUCAAAUACUUCAAAAUGGACAAAAAUAUCAACGUUUUAAAUAUUGAUUUAAAAACUCAACAAGUUUUCGUCAAUAAGUUAUAUAUUUUAUCAUCAUUACACUUUGCACAUGGAUAUACGGUCGGAGGAAUCAUUAAACUCCGAAAAUUAAUUUUUAAAAUAUUUAAAUUGGAAGGGAUCAAACCUUAUAAGUACAGUAUUAUCAAUAGACCAGGACUGUCAAGAAAGAUUCACAAUAUUAAAGAGCUUUUGGCUGCUCUUUCCCAGGAAUGUCCUCCGAAAUCCGAAAAAUGGCAAAUUGAGCAAUGGGACUUUAAUGAUAUCGGCAAAACCGUUAAAAUAUGGUCCACUAUAAAAGUUGUUUGCCAUCCAAGUGGAUCUGGAUAUUAUAAUAGUAUUUUCAUGCAGGAGAACACAGGAUACCUAGCAAUGAUGUCCAAACAAAAAGACUUUCCAAAUUUCCAUUUAGCAGCUAUUUCAAACAUGUAUAUCGUAGGAAUUACUCAUACUAACAUGGAACAUUACUUUAGUCAGCCAAUUCCAUGCGACGUACCAAGAAUGGUUGCUGGUUGUAAAGUAUUAUUUGAACUUAUGGAAAAAGGAACUUGUAAUGAUACACGUUUCCAAAUCCCAAUUAAUAUCGAGGAAGCAAAAAGUAUCCCUGAUAUAGAGAUCGAUGAACUUUCUACUAUACUUAAUAGAACUGUUUUGUAG